UUUCAGAUCUGAAUGUUCUACUGAAUUACAUUCUGAACAUUGCUAAUGAAUUCUGAAAGUAGCACAAGUCAGCUUAAUGGACAUUAUAAUAUAAACUAUCAAUCAUUACCUGAUUUUAACUUAGAUGGCUGUAAGAAUAAUCAACCUGUUGUUCAUAAAUCCAUUGAUAGUCCCAAAACUUAUUCGUUAGAAAAAUGCAGCAACAACAAGUCACCAAAUCAUCAUGGUCUUAUGUCGACAGGCGCAUUUUAUUGUAUUACUCUUUGGUAUUUUUUUAGUUUUACAACUCUCUUUCUGAAUAAAUACAUUUUAUCAUAUGAACAAGGAGAUCCAACUGUUUUAGGAUGUGCUCAAUUAUUAAUGUGCUGUAUUGGUGGUUAUGCUCAUUUGCAUUUUCCGUGCAAUAUAUACAAAAGUGUUAAGUGGGAGAGAAACCCUCCUCAUUUCUUUCGUAACAUGUUAUUAGUAGGGAGCCUUAGGUUUUCUACAUUAAUUCUGGGUUUAAUUGCUUUGUGGUUUGUUCCUGUAUCGUUUGCUGAAACAGUAAAGAGUUCUGCACCUGUUUUCACUGUGUUUUUAGCCUGGUUGUUGAUGGGUGAAAAGACAAGUUGGCUAGUCUGUCUCUCUCUUAUACCUGUUAUGGGAGGACUGGCUUUAUGUAGUGCUAAUGAACUUAGUUUUAAUGCUGCUGGAUUUGUUGCUGCAAUGGCAACAAAUUUAUCUGAAUGCCUUCAAAAUGUAUAUUCAAAGAAGCUGAUUAGUAAUGAGAAGCACUGUUAUAGCCCUCCAGAGCUGCAGUUUUAUACAAGUAUGGCAUCAGUAUGCAUACAGAUACCAACUUUGAUUCUGAUGAUGGAUAUAUCUCAAUUUCAUGCAAAUGUGUCAUCAAAAAUGGUGACUUUAUUUCUCCUAAAUGGUAUUUCAUUCCACUGCCAGAGUAUAACAGAGUACACUUUGCUCAGUUAUAUUUCACCUGUCACUCAUAGUGUGGCUAAUACUGUUAAAAGAGCUUUGCUGAUAUGGCUCUCUGUGAUUACUUUUGGAAAUAAAGUCACAUUUCUUGGUGGACUGGGCACUACUAUUGUGAUAUUUGGAGUAUUUGGAUAUAAUAAAGCAAAACAAGUUGCUCCAACAAUCCUCACUGCAUCCAAAGGAUUAAAAGAUGUUCAUCUGAUAUAAAUCUGCACAAUUUUUAUUUCAGAACAAAUUUCUCUGAUGUUCCUUUUUUUUUUUUUUUAAAUUCGUGACAUGAAGUCAGUGUUGGACAGAUUAUUUGAAAACCUGUAUAAAUACAAAGUACAUGAUAAAGUGUAAAAUAUGUUUUUAAGUCCAAAUAUAUUUAUAUUUUGAAAUGCUUGAAUAAAAUACGUUAUUUAUAUUCUCAGAUAUAUUUUACUUUAUAUUUGAAUUACAAAUUAGGAGUUUUCUUUCCAGUGUGGCUAAUAAUGGUAAAAAAGCUUUUUUGAUAUAGCUCUCUGUGAUUACUUUUGGAAAUAAAGUCACAUUCCUAGGUGGACUGAGCAUUGCUGUUGUGAUAUUUGGGGUAUUGGGAUAUAAUAAAGCAAAACAAAUUGCUCCAGCUAUUCUCACUCAAUCCAAUGAAGUAAAAGAUGUUCAUUUGAUAUAAAUCUGCACAUUUUUUGUUUCAGAACAAAUUUCUGCUAUGUACCCUUUUUGUUUGUAUGAAAUCAAAGCUUGACAGGUUAUUUAAAAAAUUGCAUGUAAAUACAAAGUACAUGAUAAAGUGUGUUAAAUAUGUUUUUAAGACUAAAUAUAUUAAUAUUUUGAAAUGCUUUAUUUAUAUUCUCAGCGAGGAAUUUUGUAGCUUAUUUUUAAUUGUAUGCAAUUCAUAAUUUUGUAAUUCAUUUUUAAUAGUUUACAAAUCACACUUUCAGAAUAAUGGGAAAAAUAAGUUCUGAUAUUGCAUAUUUUACAUAUAAAUAUUUUAGUUAUUUAUGCAUAAAUGUGAAAAUAUAUUUCUUUGACAAAUUCCUGUAUAUUUUUUCAAUAUUAUUGAAAAUGUUUUAGUGCAAGCAUGCAUUUAUCGUUUCUUUGCCAUAUUUAUUUAAUAAUUUAACAUUAACUGUUUCUGCCUUGGCACCUAUUCUUUAAAAUGUGAGUUAUUUUCAGUUUUAUAAAUGCUUUCUUCAUUUAAAAGAUGCAUCUUUUUUUAGUCUAGUCUUAGUUUGAAAUUUUUAUUUUCAUGAAAGAAAAAGUGAGAUAUGUGUGUGUUUAUGUGUAUGUGUGUGUGUAAUUUGUGGGCUGGUGUGAUAUGCAUAUUGUCACGAAACUUACAACGAAAAUUCAUUGUUUCUGAUUUUAUCAAACACACAUUUCUAAGCUGAAGUUUAAUUUAAAGCAUUCAUUUUUUGGUGCCUCCUGAAAUUAAUAUGAAUAAAUUCAUUUGUACACUGAAA